AUGGCAGCCACUGGCAGAGUGCGGAUCGGUGCCUGGGCUGUUGCCCUGGCCCUCCUGGCGAUUUCUCAUGCAGUGCAGGCGACCACAUACAACUACGAUGUCGUCGUCUACGAAAGUACUCCAGGCGGUAUCAUGGCCGCGGUGGCUGCGGGCCGGCGCAACAUGACGGUGGCUGUGGUGGCCGCCUGGCCCUUUAUCGGUGGAAUGUGUGCGGGCGGUCUCGGCAAGACGGACACCGGCAACACCGAUGUUAUCGGCGGUUAUGCACACGAGUUUUUCGCCCGCAACGGCAAGGUCUACGGCGAGGGUGGGCCCGAGUACACCCUGGAGCCUCACGUGGCCCGUGACAUCUUCAUGGAGAUGAUGCAAGAGGCCAACGUGGACUUGUUCCGCAACCAGACCGUGGACACGGCUGAGACGGAUGGCACCAAGAUCACGUCCUUCACCACCUUGAUGGGCGACACUUUCAACGCCAAGGUCUUUGUCGACGCUAGCUAUGAAGGCGAUCUGCUCGCCCGUGCCGGUGCCUCCUACUUUGUCGGCCGCGAAGGCCGUGCUCGUUACAACGAAUCAUUGGGUGGUAAUUAUCCCUUUGAUGCCAAUCACGAAUUUGAGACGCGCGUGGAUCCUUACGACGAGAACGGCAAUCUUAUCGCUUGGGUGUCCACCGAUGGGCCCGGCAUCCCCUACGCUGAGGACAAGCAUGUUCAGUCCUACAACUUCCGCCUUUGCGUGACCAAGAACACGAGCAACCUUGUUCCCUUUACCGAACCGGAGGGCUAUGACCCAAAGACCUGGGAACUGGCACGCCGUUUUUACAAUGGGUCGAAGCCAUCGAUUCCCAGCUGCAAUACUGGCAAGGUGCCCAACGACAAGUAUGACAUGAAUAACUGUGGACCGGUGUCCACCGACUUGAUUGGUGGCGCCGACGAGUACCCCGAGGCAAACUACAGCACACGUAUGCAAAUCUGGAAAAGGCACAAGGACUACAUGCAAGGGCUCUUCUGGUUCCUUUCCACGGAUGAGAGCCUGCCAGAAGAUUCACGCAAAGCCAUGCAACAGUGGGGCUACUGCAAGGAUGAGUUUGUGGAAACGGGCCACUGGCCCUGGCAGCUAUAUGUGCGCGAGGCGCGUCGCCUCAUUGGCGACGAGGUCUUCACCCAAAACACAGUCAUGGACAAUACGGGCAGUGGCCUUGGCAGCCUCUCUAUCGGCAUGGGCAGCUACAACUUUGAUACACAUAACGCCGUCCGGUACGAUCACGGCACCAAACUGGCUUUCACGGCCAGAAAUUGGGACAGGUACCUCACCCGUGUGUUGUGUGCGAGUAGCUACGUUUGUGACGACCCGGCUGUCUGCACCAAGUUUCAGAUCCCUUACGUGUUCAACGAAGGCGACGUGGAAACUCACCCUGGGCAUGAGUACCAGAUCCCGGUCUCAGUGAUCUUGCCAAAGAAAGCCGAGCUGACCAAUCUUCUUGUCCCCGUUUGCGUUUCAGCAUCACACGUUGGCUAUGCUACGCUUCGCCUGGAGCCGCAGUACAUGAUCAUGGGACAUGCUGCUGGUGUCAUUGCCACGCACGCUGUGCAAGCCGGUGUGGCGGUUCAUGAUGUUAACAUGACGAACGUGGCAGCGGAGCUGGACCGGGAUGGUGCCAUCCGCUCCAAUCUUCCGCCCACGCCCACGCCCACACCCGCCAACUGUACCUAUGUGGAAGGCUAUGACUACGACCAUAAACCGUAUUCCUACCCAGCCAGCUCCCAGCAGGAGUGCUGUGACAUCUGCGCCGGCUUUGAUGACUGUGCUUUUGCCAUCUGGCGCCAUAGUGGCUCUCCCGCCAAUACAUGCUGGCCGGGCACUAGCUAUGACAACAAGGUGGCCACCGACGGUGUGUCCGUAUGUCAAAUCUCAAAGUAG